AUGGCUAAGAAAGGUCUCAAGGUUUGCUUGGUCAUGUCUCUAUCCUUCCUGAUCAUUGUUACAGUUAUCAUUGUAACCUUAUUUCUAACAGUUUUUAAACCCAAGGAUCCAAACAUCAUGGUCCGACCAGUUGGUCUGGAAAACUUAGACUUGUCCCUUUUGACUAAUUUUACAGCAAAUGUGAGUCUAGGAAUGGUGAUCACUAUGGGGAAUCCAAACUAUGGAAGCUUUGAAUACCACAAUGCCACUGGGUAUGUGAAUUUUCAUGAUAACAUUGUGGGUGAAGUUCCAAUAAAGGGUGAGUUAGUGCCAGCAUUUGGGCAGAUUAAUGUGAGCACUUGGGCCAAUUUGAUGGUGGGAAAGUUGGUCAAUGAUUCCAAAUUUUGGUCAGAUGUUCUAAGUGGAUCUUUGAAUUUGACAUCAACUGCUACACUGCCAGGGAAAGCACACAUGCUCAAAAUUUUCAAAUUGAAGGCCACGGUUUAUAGCACUUGUGACAUCUCUCUUAACAUCAUCUCUAGCAAUACUGGUGUAAAUGUUCUUGAUUCUUUUAACACUUAUGAUAUUACGGCACCAAUCAUGGAGUUGGAGAAUUGGCUUGAUAAAGAAGUAUUGAUAUGUUUUGAGUGGAACUUGAAUUUCAAAUCAACAACUGCACUUCCUGGGAAUGCUCAUAUGUUCAACCUUAUCAAAUUGAAGACCACAGCUUAUAGCAAUUGUGACAUCUCUGUUGGUAGCUCCAGGAAUGUUGUUGAUAUCUACCAAUUCUGCAUCCAAAAUCAAGCUUUAAUUGUUCCGAGCCAGGAUCUUCAGCACAUGCACUACUUAAAAAGAAAAAAGGCCACUAGGCCCACAAAAGAAGGACCCCAGAAGAGAGGCCCAGAGUACCCUAGGAAUCAGACCUGGAGGUUUUCUGAGAGGCUUAAGAGUUUUCGAACAAGUAAUGAAAGUGGAUUCAUAACUAGGCCUACUAGGCCUAAAGCAGUGGAAAAUCAGAAACUGAAGCCUAUAAACAUGGACUAUGUUGCACAUGGUUAG